AUGGGUGUGAAGAUGGCUGAGUGCGAAUAUCCAGUUCCCGGCUUCUCUGAUUCGAUCUCCGAUAGCUCCUCAACAACUACACCCAUAUCAACCUCCCAACCUCCCUUCGAACCGACCUUUCUCCCCUACUGGGCCCGCUACGAGACAAAGUGUGCUCAGAAUCUACUGGACUACUCUGACGAGCCGAUCGAAUACGACCUCGACGACGAGGACUACCAAGACAACUGCUUCUUCUUCCCAGAAGACUGCUCGUGGACUCCACCAAAAGAUUGCAUUGCAGAGCAAGAUCACGUAUCACUGCAAGAGGAACCUGAGACCAAGGAGGAAUACACGCCCUCGGUAGGCCAGGACACCGACACCGACACCAUGAUCCCCGGUCUCCCCGAUAUCAAGAUGCUAGACGCAGAAGCGCUAAGCGAUCUCCUGGAAGAUAACCUAUCCCCACCAGAGAUCACAACAAUCAUUGUCUUCGCAACAAACGGCUCCGUCUUCGCCCACGGCUCCCCCCUCUCCUCACGCCAACUGCGCAACCUAAGCGCAACCUACGGCGCCGCCUACACAUGUUACGCCAAGACAGCCUCAACCGGGAACCUAACAGGCGUGAACCCAGCCAGCCAUCCCUCCUCCUACGUGACCGCCAAGUCGAUGUCACUAGGCGACGUCGGCUCGAUCGUCUUCGAACUCGACGACUCAGUCGCAGUAGUAACCCGAGUCGCGGAUAAAGUCCUCGUCGCAGCAGUCGGCCCAUCGAGACUAGACAAGUCCGAUCCAAACGGCGCUAACGACGCCAUCGCGACCGACGGCGUGCCCGAUGCUGGUAAUGGGACUUCCACGCCCGAGGUCUCGGGUGAUACCUCGCGCACACAGGCCGUGCCUGCGUCUCCGAACCCGCCUCAAAACGGCCACCCAGAUCCGCAGUACGAGAUCGACCGCAGUGCUGAUCUUGCGCGGUUGGCUAGCUUGAAUCUGUCAGCUUCGCCGGGUGUCUUGCUUGCGCUGGAAUCUAAAUGUGCUGCGCUGGGACGAUUCCUCGGGGAGAAGUUGGAUGAUUUGGAAAGUCCUGAGGAUUUCUGA